AUGCGCCGAGCUCCGCCUCCUGCGCCCGGCCCCGCCUCCUGCGCCCGGCCCCGCCAUAGCGCCCGGCCCCGCCUCCCGCGCCGAGCCCCGCCUCCUGCGCCCGGCCCCGCCUCCUGCACCCGGCCCCGCCUUAGCGCCCGGCCCGGCUCCUGCGCCGAGCCCCGCCCCCUGCGCCCGGCCCCGCCUACUGCGCCCGGCCACGCCUCAGCGCCGGGCCCCGCCUCCUGCACCGGGCCCCGCCUCCUGCGCCGAGCCCCGCCCCCUGCGCCCGGCCCCGCCUCCCGCGCCGAGCCCCGCCUCCCGCGCCGAGCUCCGCCUCCUGCGCCGCGCCCCGCCUCAGCAGCCGACCCCGCCUCCUCCGCCCGGCCCCGCCUCAGCGCCCGGCCCCGCCUCCCGCGCCCGGCCCCGCCUCCCGCGCACGGCCCCGCCUCAGCCCCGGGCCCCGCCUCCCGCGCCGAGCCCCGCCUCCCGCGCCGGGCCCCGCCUCCCGCGCCGAGCCCCGCCUCCCGCGCCGGGCCCCGCCUCCCGCGCCGAGCUCCGCCUCCUGAGUCCAGCCCCGCCUCCUGCACCCGGCCACGCCUCAGCGCCGAGCCCCGCCUCCCGCGCCGGGCCCCGCCUCCCGCGCCGAGCCCCGCCUCCCGCGCCGGGCCCCGCCUCCCGCGCCGAGCUCCGCCUCCUGAGUCCAGCCCCGCCUCCCGCGCCGAGCUCCGCCUCCCGUGCCCGGCCCCGCCUCCUGCGCCCGGCCCCGCCUCCUGCGCCCGGCCCCGCCUUAGCGCCCGGCCCCCCCUCAGCGCCCGGCCCCGCCUCCCGCGCCGAGCCCCGCCCCCUGCGCCCGGCCCCGCCUCCCGCGCCGAGCCCCGCCUCCCGCGCCGAGCCCCGCCUCCCGCGCCGAGCUCCGCCUCCUGCGCCGAGCCCCGCCUCCCGCGCCGAGCCCCGCCUCCUGCGCCGAGCCCCGCCCCCUGCGCCCGGCCCCGCCUCCCGCGCCGAGCCCCGCCUCCCGCGCCGAGCCCCGCCUCCCGCGCCGAGCCCCGCCUCCUGCGCCGAGCCCCGCCUCCCGCGCCGAGCCCCGCCCCCUGCGCCCGGCCCCGCCUCCCGCGCCGAGCCCCGCCUCCCGCGCCGAGCUCCGCCUCCUGCGCCGUGCCCCGCCCCCUGCGCCCGGCCCCGCCUCCCGCGCCGAGCCCCGCCUCCCGCGCCGAGCUCCGCCUCCUGCGCCGUGCCCCGCCUCCCGCGCCGAGCCCCGCCUCCUGCGCCGGGCCCCGCCCCCUGCGCCCGGCCCCGCCUCCCGCGCCUAGCCCCGCCUCCCGCGCCGAGCUCCGCCUCCUGCGCCGAGCCCCGCCCCCCGCGCCCGGCCCUGCCUCCCGCGCAGAGCCCCGCCUCCCGCGCCGAGCCCCGCCCCCUGCGCCCGGCCCCGCCUCCCGCGCCGAGCCCCGCCUCCCGCGCCGAGCCCCGCCUCCCGCGCUGAGCCCCGCCCCCUGCGCCCGGCCCCGCCUCCCGCGCCGAGCCCCGCCUCCCGCGCCGAGCUCCGCCUCCUGCGCCGAGCCCCGCCCCCUGCGCCGGGCUCCGCCUCAGCGCCGGGCCCCGCCUCCUCCGCCCGGCCCCGCCUCAGCGCCCGGCCCCGCCUCCUUCGCCCGGCCCCGCCUCCCGCGCCCGUCCCCUCCUCAGCCCCGGGCCCCACCUCCCGCGCCGAGCCCCGCCUGCUGCGCCCGGCCCCGCCUCCUGCGCCCGGCCCCGCCUCCUGCGCCCGGCCCCGCCUUAGCGCCCGGCCCCCCCUCAGCGCCGGGCCCCCCUCAGCGCCGGGCCCCGCCUCCCGCGCCGAGCCCCGCCUCCCGCGCCCGGCCCCGCCUCAGCGCCCGGCCCCCCCUCAGCGCCGGGCCCCGCCUCCCGCGCCGGGCCCCGCCUCCCGCGCCGAGCCCCGCCUCCCGCGCCGGGCCCCGCCUCCCGCGCCGAGCUCCGCCUCCUGAGUCCAGCCCCGCCUCCUGCGCCCGGCCCCGCCUCCUGUGCCGGGCCCCGCCUCAGCGCCGGGCCCCGCCUCCUCCGCCCGGCCCCGCCUCCUGCGCCCGGCCCCGCCUCCCGCGCCCGGCCCCGCCUCCCGCGCCGAGCCCCGCCCCCUGCGCCCGGCCCCGCCUCCCGCGCCGAGCCCCGCCUCCCGCGCCGAGCCCCGCCUCCUGCGCCGAGCCCCGCCCCCUGCGCCCGGCCCCGCCUCCCGCGCCGAGCCCCGCCUCCCGCGCCGAGCCCCGCCUCCCGCGCUGA